CUCUCCUGAAAGCGGCUCUGGCGCUGCUGUCACACGACAGUCGCGGACGCUUUACGGCAGAGCCAGUGGCUGCGAGGUGAUGAGAUCGGAUCUGGCUGCUGUCGGAGCACUGAAGCUUUGCUGUCUGUCGGUUCUGCUGGCUGGUUUGAUGCUGCCGGUGCUGCGGCGGCUGGGAUUGAGAGCGUUCUCGAUGGCGUCAGACUCGUAUUCGUCCGGCACACACUCCGCAGCCUUCGUCACCUGCCCCAAUGACACGGUGGCCAAAGAGCUGGCCAGAGGAAUCGUGGAGAAGAAGCUGGCGGCAUGUGUGAACAUCAUCCCGCAGAUCACGUCCGUGUACGAGUGGCAGGGGAAGAUCGAGGAGGACAGUGAAGUUCUGCUGAUGAUUAAGACGAGAAGUUCAAAGAUCCCUGCUCUUGCUGAAUAUGUCCGGUCGAAUCAUCCGUAUGAAGUGGCCGAGGUCAUCAGUUUACCCAUCGAUCAGGGAAACCCGCCGUAUCUCAAGUGGAUCGGAGACACCGUGCCCGAGUGAAGCGGCGUCAAAAUACAGGAAUACUGCAUCGCAGAUUAUGUUUUCAUCAUUUGAGUUCUGUUUUUCUCCACCAUAAAAUGUAUUGUGCAACUGCAGUGAAUAUGACAGAUUUUGUUACAAACUAACAGUUUGAUUUGAUCUGCAUUAAAAGGUUGCAAUCA